UCCAAGGUAGCGAUGGCUCUCCAGAAGACCCUUUCAUUGCUUCUGCUCUCUCUGAUGACCCUGCUGGGGCUGGGGCUGGUAGAGCCCUCCUAUGGCCAGCCCAUGUACCAACGAUUCCUGCGGCAACAUGUGGAGUCUAGAGGGCCAGGUGGCACCAAGUUGUACUGCAACACGAUGAUGCAAACACGGGGGAUGACCACGCCUACAUGCAAGCAAUUCAACACCUUCAUCCACGAAAACAUUGGGACCAUUAGUAACAUCUGCAACGCCACCAAUAUUCAGUGCAAGAAUGGCAUGAUGAACUGCCAUGCCGGUGUAGUGCGUGUCACAGACUGCAAAGAUACAGGGAGUUCCCCAUCCCCCAAGUGCUCAUAUCAGGCUACUGCCAGCACUAGGCGUAUUGUCAUCGCCUGUCAGGGUAACCCCCUGGUGCCUGUGCACCUUGACAGCUAGAUGCUACCCUGCAGGGGUUAUGGCCCCAUGGUUGACCUUUAACUUACUCCUUGAAUUGCAAUGAGUAAUGCAUUUGAGCUGUCUCAGGCUCUGCCUCCUCUGCUUACUCCCUUUUCUCUAUAUAAUCUAUUCUGUUAAAUUCAUCAAAGAGAAAUGGAGACAUAAACCUAUAAUGGGACUGGGCUUUUCUGUAAUAAAAAUUUCUACAAACUCUUCUGUUUCCUUUUAUAAUACUGGUCAGCUUAGCCCUCUCAGAUCCUGCCUUCUGGAAUUUGGUUAUUAUGUAUAUGAUAUAGCAUUUCCAGUAUUUUAAGGUGCUUCCAUCUCAGUUACCUCAUUUUAAUACCACCACACCCCUGCGAUGCUGAUGUUGCUACAUAUAGGAGCCCAAAGUUAAAAUAUUUG